GGCUGCGGGGAAGGGAGCCCGGCGGGCUGGCGCUCCCCGUGCGCCCCCGCUCUUCAUGGCCCGGCUCCGUGCGGGGCCGGGGAGGCGCUCCCCCCGCGGGGCCCCCGCUGCUGCCCGGAGCUCCGCCGGCUGAGCUGGGUCUCCCCCGCUGGCUCCGUCGGCGGGGCUCCCUCGGGCUGCGCUGGGUUCCCGGGAGGGCCUGGUGCUGCGGGGGCUUUCCCGGGCGGGGGGUUCCGGCUCCAGCCCCCCGCACAGUCGCCGUCUCUGCGGAUGCUGGAGCACCUGGGCUCUGGGCAGGUUGUUUCGGGAGGAGCCGCUGCUGCUUUUCCGGGGUGGGAGCCAUAGAGUCUUGCCAUGGGAGACAGGAACAGAAUCUGCUUCAACAGUAGGAGUGUGGAAGAGGCCCUGUGUCUCCAGGAUGGAGAAACAUCUACCGACCCAGAGGUGCCAACGACUACGGGGGAAAAGAUACUCAGAAGAUUCCCGGGCAGGUGCCCCACGCUCCAUCCAGUGUGGGUCGUGGUGCUGGUUGUGCUGGUGGUUCUGGUGCUGGCUCUGGCCGCGGCUGUUGCUGUACUCUCAGUGGGAAGAUGUGGAGGGGAUCCAGCUGUGCCUGCGGCUCUGGUGCUGGCCUGUCCUGAGGGCUGGAAUGUGCACCGCAAUGUCUGCUACUACUUCUCAAAGGACGAGAGGAGCUGGGAGUGGAGCCAGGAGCAGUGCUCCUCACAUGGGGCCUCGCUGGCCAUGCCCAAGAGCAAGGAGGAAAGGGAGUUCCUCUGGAGCCACAAGGGUGACCACCUCUAUUGGCUUGGGCUGCGGAGACGGGGCGAGCGCCUGCAGUGGGUGGAUGGCAGCAGCUUCAACCAGACGUUUGAGGUGCAGGGCCAAGGAGAGUGUGCGUAUUUGUACGACGGGGCUGUCGCGAGUGCAGGCUGCUCCCAGUCACGGCCGUACAUCUGCAGCAAGCCCCAAGCGCUCGGGUGACAGAGACCCUGGAGAAAGGACUUUUCCGUGGUUGGGACUCAGAACUUCGCCUCUUCCGCUGGCGGGGAGCUCUGCACUGAUGUCCCUCCCUCAGCUGCUGCUUCGCUUCCUCCUGGUCUCAUCAGAAACUUGCUGCCAGGUCUCCUGUGACCAUCCGACGUGCCGGGAGCUGCCGUGUGCUGCCCGCCCUGGGACCUCAAGCCUGGGACUGCUUGUUUAUUUUUUCUGGGACUGCCGCGUAAUUUAUCUUGCUCCUUUUGUACAUCGCGCUUAGUCCUCCUUUUCUACUGUUUUUAAAAUUUAUUACACUACUUUUUUAAUAUUUAUUAUAUAUUUUAAUAAUUUAUUGUCAUACAUUUUAAAAAUCUAGCAGUCAACAUUUUCAAAAU